GCUGAUGACAUUUCUCUUACAGGUGAAACAGGCAACCAACCAAAUUGUGAUGAACUGUGCUGACAUUGACAUUAUUACAGCUUCCUAUGCGCCAGAAGGAGACGAAGAGGUACAUGCCACAGGGUUCAACUACCAAAAUGAGGAUGAAAAGGUUACUCUUUCCUUUCCCAGUACCCUUCAGAAAGGGACAGGGACGUUAAAGAUAGACUUUGUAGGGGAGCUGAAUGAUAAAAUGAAAGGUUUUUACCGAAGUAAAUAUACCACCCCGACUGGAGAUACGCGCUACGCUGCUGUCACUCAGUUUGAGGCUACUGAUGCUCGCAGAGCUUUCCCUUGCUGGGAUGAACCUGCCAUCAAGGCAACAUUUGAUAUUUCAUUGGUGGUCCCUAAAGACAGAGUAGCUUUGUCAAAUAUGAAUGUCAUCGACCGGAAGCCGUACCCAGACGACGAAAACCUCGUGGAAGUGAAGUUCGCCCGCACCCCCGUGAUGUCCACGUACCUCGUGGCGUUCGUGGUGGGAGAAUAUGACUUUGUAGAGACCAGGUCGCUUGAUGGGGUCUUGGUGCGCGUUUACACCCCUGUGGGCAAAGCAGAGCAAGGAAAGUUUGCGUUAGAGGUUGCUGCUAAAACUCUGCCUUUUUAUAAGGAUUACUUCAAUGUUCCUUACCCUCUUCCUAAAAUUGAUCUCAUAGCUAUUGCAGACUUUGCUGCUGGUGCCAUGGAGAACUGGGGCCUUGUUACUUAUAGGGAGACCGCGUUGCUCAUUGACCCCAAAAAUUCCUGUUCUUCAUCUCGCCAGUGGGUAGCUCUGGUUGUAGGACAUGAGCUUGCUCAUCAGUGGUUUGGAAACCUCGUGACCAUGGAAUGGUGGACUCAUCUCUGGCUGAAUGAAGGAUUUGCUUCCUGGAUUGAGUACCUGUGUGUAGACCACUGUUUCCCAGAGUAUGAUAUCUGGACUCAGUUUGUUUCUGCUGAUUACACACGAGCUCAAGAGCUCGAUGCCUUAGACAACAGUCAUCCCAUUGAAGUUAGUGUUGGCCAUCCAGCUGAAGUGGAUGAAAUAUUUGAUGCUAUUUCUUACAGCAAGGGAGCAUCUGUAAUCCGAAUGCUACAUGACUACAUUGGUGAUGAGGACUUCCGGAAAGGAAUGAAUUUAUAUUUAACCAAGUUCCAGCAGAGGAAUGCAGCUACAGGUAACUGAUUAUUAUAACCUUAAGAAAACUAAC